AUGGCAGGCCUCUUCCGUUUGCUCAAGAUGCAGUACACCCCUCCUACAGACCCUCAGGGCAUCUCUUUCGCUGGAAAGACCGUCCUCUUGACGGGCGCUACCUCGGGUCUCGGUUUCGAAGCUGCCGUCAAAAUCCUCAACCUCGGAGUCGAGUCUCUGAUCAUCGGCAGUCGCAGCGUGGAGCGGGGUCGCAAGGCCAAGGCCGAGAUUGAAAAGUUGACCAACCGCUGCGAUGUCAUCAAAGUGUGGGAACUCGAAAUGAACAACUUCGCCAGUGUCAAGAAGUUUGCGGAGCGUGCCAACACCGAACUGCCUCGUCUUGAUAUUGCCUUGCUGAACGCCGGACUGUGGAACCGCGACUACAACAAAUCUCCCGAAGGCUGGGAGGAAACCCUGCAGGUCAACACACUGUCCACCUCUCUGCUAGCCAUGCUUCUGCUCCCCAAGCUAAAGAGCAGCGCCUAUGACGCCAAUCCCUCUCAUUUGACCGUGGUUUCUAGUCAGCAGUUUGUUCGAGUACAGGCUGAGAGCGUGCGUACCGAUACCCUGCUAUUGGAGCACGUGAACAACCCCGAGAGGUUCAAGGGGCCCAAACAAUACGGCAUCUCGAAGCUGCUACUUGAAAUUGUGAUGAAGCGUAUUGCCAAUUAUGUCCGCAACGCAGAUGGGACCCACCCCAUCAUUGUCAACACUGUGAGCCCAGGUCUCUGCGCCUCGGGCCUUGGUCGCCAGUACGAUAAGUGGUACGAGCAGUGGAUCGUCUGGAUUCUGUUCAAGCUAUUCGCCCGGACCGCUGAGCAAGGCAGCCGCUCACUAGUUAGCGCAACGUACCAAGGUGUUGAGUCCCAGGGAAAGUGCUGGCGUAGUGAUGGCUACCUCGACGAGUCGAAUGCUCUUACAUGCCUGGCAGAGGGCGUGGAACUUCAGGAGAAGGCAUGGAAGGAGAUCAUUGAAGUGUUGGGUGAGCAGGCGCCCGAGGUGGACGUUGCAUUCGGGGGAAUUUAA